CCUGACACUCUUUUAUAUUAACGAUUUGUAGCUGAAGUGAAAUAAAUGACGAAUAACUUCUGCUACUGAAACAAAAAUGGCUGCCGUUAAUUUGUUUACGUUUUGGUAUGCAUAAAGUUGGGACAUAUAAAAAUAUGGCUAUUCAAAUAUUCUUUCCUACUUAAAAAUUAGCAAGCAUGAGGUAAUUUGAAAAAUAAAUUAAAUGUUUAUUAAAGUUCAAUGGAAAACGUGUAAACAGAUUUUUACAUGCUAUUGAAAGAAUGCGUGAAAUGAGGAGAAAUCAUCUAACCCACAGUUCACGAGCGGUUCAGUUCGAAUCUCCUUCUCACAUGGGGACCCUUCUCAGCGGUCUAAAUACCCUCAGAAGUAAAGGUUUGCUUCUUGACAUAACUCUUGUCGCUGGAGGCCAGUCAUUUCAAGCGCAUAGAGUUGUCUUGGCAUCAUGCAGUGAUUACUUUCGUGCCAUGUUUACUGAUGCCAUGAAAGAAAGUCAGCAAAGUGAAAUUUGUCUAAAUGGCGUGACUGCCGAUGGCAUGCGCUAUCUUCUAGAGUAUGCUUAUACCUCUAAACUUGCAUUAAGCCUUGCUAACAUACAAGAUGUUUUAUCAGCUGCAAAUCAUGUACAGUUAAUUGCUGUAGUCGAAGCUUGCUCUUCUUAUUUGAAAGAGCAACUAGAUUUAGAUAACUGUGUUGACGUUGCCACAAUUGCUGAAAUGUACUCGUUGCAGCAGCUUUUGAAAGAAGUGUACCUCUUUAUAUGUGGUAACCUUCAGAAGUUUUCUGGGAAAUCUGAAUUUCUGAGACUCUCUCCUUUUCAACUUGAGCAUAUUUUAAAAUGUGACUUUCCUGUCGAUUGCUCUGAACGAGAUGUAUUAAGUGUUGUUCUUAAAUGGAUCGAACAUCAACCUCAUGAGAGAGUGAAGUAUAUCCACCAGCUUGUCAGGCACAUACACUUCAGUGAAAUUUCUGUUGCAGAUAUAACAUCAUUUUUCGAAUCUCCUAUCUUGAAGUGCCUUUGUUUGAGCAGUACUCUAUGGAGUCGCUUGUGGCAUAUGCAACCUCACUCUUUGUGGCAAGAACAGAUGCCUCUCAUUAAUUCUCGAGGAAUGGAAUUGGCCAUUUUGAAAGUUGGUGGAUUUGGUAUAAGUGGUGUUACAAAUGAUAUUGCAUAUUACUUAUCUAGUGUUGGAAAAUGGCGUUAUUUGACAUCUAUACCCCAUGUGGAGCAAUGCAAUUUCGGCACAGCUGUUUUGAAUAAUGAAUUAUAUAUUGUAGGUGGAUGCUUUAAUCAAAGUUUGCAAGAAAAUGUCCACCCUUUUGGAUUCAGAUAUAAUCCUUUGACUAACUCUUGGUCAACAAUGGCUCCAAUGCAAAAGGAGAGAUGCCGCUUUUCAUUAGGAGUGGUGAACAACCACCUGAUUGCUGUUGGUGGUGCCGGUGAAUCUGGUGAGUUUGAUGUUUUAGACGACACUGCUCCUUGCGAGAAAUAUGAUCCUCUGAGUGAUCAAUGGAUUCCGAUAUCGCCUUUACCGGGAUCAAGAGCUCAGCAUGCUGGGACAUCUUGGAAAAAUUACUUUUAUAUUUGUGGCGGUUUGGAUCAAGACCUGGUCUUAAAUUCUCUUUGGAGGCUAAAUACCGAAACAGAUCAUUGGGAAAUCCGUGCUCCCAUGAUCACCCCUAGAGCUGAUCAUUCUAUGGUGUGUUGUGGAGAUAACAUAUAUGUUUGUGGUGGCUGGUACGAUGAUGAAACUACUGGAAGCAAAGUGUUGGUUGACACAAUUGACUGUUAUAAUACAACUAGAGACACAUGGACGGUAGUAACCAGGGUUCCAACUCCUCGUUAUCAUGCUGGUAUUGUUGUGAUAGGCAAAGGACUGUAUAUUGUGGGAGGCUUUCACAGUGCGACAACUUUUGACCGUGCUAGUGGUGUUGUCGAAUGUUACAAUAUGGAGACUGGUAAAUGGACGGUGGGUGAUAAUUAUCCACAAGCCAUUUGGGAACAUGCUUGUUGUACUCUUUAUGUGCCUCGUUGUAGAGAUGACUUGGAUGUUAUACCAGAUAAAAAUUUGCUUUGAUACUCCUUCACAAGACAAUAAUGCACCACAUGUAAUUUAAGGCAUGACAAUAAUUUCAUCACGUAUUGUGUAAGAAUUUAAAUUAAUUUGUUAUGAUAUUUCAUUCGCAAAUUCUUUUUUCAUAGUCAUGUGGAGCAAGCAAAGUUAAAAUAUUUUUAGUCAUAUCUUUAGAGAGAGUUUAUUUUGACAAUUCAUAUUUAAAUUUUUAAUAUGUCUUGAGAUUGCUCUAAUUAAUUUACUCAUUAUAAUUGCACUUUAGGCUUAUAAUAUGAAAAAUUUAGAAAAAAAAGUUUUUAUGCAUGAAUGUGCUUUAUUUAUGAGGAUAAUAAAGAUGGAAAAAAAAUUCAUGGCAUAUUAUAUUGUCUAAGAAUUAACUUUAAUCUAUAUUAGCGUUUUUCUUUUCUUUCCAAAAAUGUCUUAGCAUGGGAAACAAGGAAAGUUAAAAUAUUUUUAGGUAUAUCAUAGAAAAUUUAUUUUGACGGUGAACGUUCAAAUUCUUAAUGUAUAUUAAAACUGCAGUAAUAAAUUAAUGUACUCUUUGUACAUUUGGUGUAAAAAAUGAAAAUUUUUAAUAUUUUAGAAUCUGCUUUAUUUUGGGCAAGGCGGAAACAACAUUAAAAAAAAAAAGAAAAAAAUUCAUGGCAUGUUAGAAUUUAAUAUAAUUUUUUUUGUUGAUAGUAAAUGUUUUUCAUAGUCAUAAGCAAGUGAAGUUAAAAUUCUUUGAGUCAUGUCCUUGGAGAAUUAUUUUUGACUUUGUAAAGUUAAAUUCUUUUUAAUAUAUGUCGUAACUGCUGCAAUAAACUAAUUUACUUCUUGUAUCAGCACAUUAGGCAUGUGGACUAAGAUUUUUUUAAACUUUUUAUGCAUGAAUAUGCUUUAUUUUGAGUAAGGAAAAAAAGGUCCUUGCAGGUAUGACAAAAACUUAACUAAACAUUUUUAUCUUUAACUGCUGCUAUAUAAAUAAAGUAUUUUAAUUUUUCAUGCUUAUUUAGAGCAAUUUUGCAGUGAAAUUCUGCGUGCUACUCAGACAAUUUAAUGUUUUAAUUAAGAAGCAUUUU